AUGGCGCCCACGAUCCAGACUCAGGCGCAGCGGGAGGAGCCGGGCCACAGGCCCAACUCGCACCGGACGCUGCCCGAGAGGUCCGGGGUGGUGUGCCGCGUCAAGUACUGCAACAGCCUCCCCGACAUCCCCUUCGACCCCAAGUUCAUCACCUACCCCUUCGACCAGAACAGGUUCGUGCAGUACAAGGCCACUUCUCUGGAAAAGCAGCACAAACACGACUUGCUGACGGAACCUGAUUUGGGAGUUACCAUAGAUCUAAUAAACCCGGAUACUUACCGCAUUGACCCCAACGUUCUUCUAGAUCCUGCAGAUGAGAAACUGCUGGAGGAGGAGAUCCAGGCACCCACCAGUUCCAAGAGAUCACAGCAGCACGCCAAAGUUGUGCCAUGGAUGCGGAAGACCGAAUACAUCUCCACCGAGUUCAACCGCUACGGAGUCUCCAAUGAGAAGCCGGAGGUUAAGAUCGGUGUGUCUGUCAAACAGCAGUUCACCGAGGAGGAGAUUUACAAGGACCGAGACAGCCAGAUCGCAGCCAUUGAGAAGACCUUUGAGGAUGCUCAGAAGUCAAUUUCUCAGCACUACAGCAAGCCUCGCGUUACUCCAAUGGAAGUCAUGCCGGCCUUUCCUGACUUCAAGAUGUGGAUCAACCCCUGUGCUCAGGUCAUUUUUGACUCUGAUCCAGCACCCAAGGACACCAGCGGGACAGCAGCUCUGGACAUGAUGUCACAAGCUAUGAUUAGGGGCAUGAUGGAUGAAGAGGGCAACCAGUUUGUGGCCUACUUCCUUCCCGUGGACGACACGAUGCGGAAACGCAAACGGGAUCAAGACGAGGAGAUGGAUUACACACCCGAGGAUGUGUACGAGUAUAAAAUCGCCAGGGAGUACAACUGGAAUGUGAAGAACAAAGCCAGCAAGGGCUACGAAGAGAACUAUUUCUUCAUCUUUCGUGAAGGCGACGGUGUCUAUUACAACGAACUGGAGACCAGAGUGCGGCUCAGCAAACGGCGAGCCAAGGCCGGGGUCCAGUCCGGCACCAACGCGGUGCUGGUGGUGAAGCACAGGGACAUGAACGAGAAGGAGCUGGAGGCCCAGGAAGCCCGCAAAGCGCAACUGGAGAACCACGAACCCGAAGAGGAGGAGGAGGAGGAGAUGAGCAAAGUGGCGCAAGUCUCAGACGAGGAGCCAGAGAAAGGCAGUGAGAGCGAGAAGGAGGCCAGCGAAGCCGAGGAGGAGGAGGAGGAAGAGGAGGAAGAGGAGGAGGAGGAGGAGGAAGGCCGCUCGCCCAGCGUGGGUGAGGGCGCCGUGGCCGAGGAGAGCGAGGAGGACGAACGGGCAGCGCGAGACAAAGAGGAGAUUUUCGGCAGUGACGAUGACGAGGAAGACUCCGAGCCGGAGGGCGGCCGGCCAGAGGCGGACGAGGAGAGCGGCAGCGAGGAAGAGGAGGAAGAGGAGGACGAACACGGGGGGAGCAGCCGGCAGCACCGGGGCAACCGCAGCCCCUUUUUCAGCGGCAGCGACCGCUCCAACCACGAGGACGAGGAGGAAGGCGAGGCCAGCGCCAGCGACGCCCCUUCGGAGUCGAGCAGCGAUAGCAGCGACAGUGACUGAGCAGCCACGG